GCAGAAAUCAUAGAUUGUCAUGAUCCCAAGCUUGAAAUUUUGACAGACCCGGUGGAGGUUGCCGUUCCCCUUGGCUCAGCCUGCCAAUCGAAGCCAGAUCCUCUAGGUAGUUAUGCAUGAAUACCUGUUGUGCUCUCUCGGCCGCAAGGGCGCCAAGUUGUCAUUCGCAUAUGAGAGCGCCGCCUCUGCAAAAAGGGAGAGAGAAGAGAGCAUCUGCAAGCCCCAUGUUGAGUAAAAAUGCUCUCUCCCAAGUUCCGCCCGAUCGCUCAAUCUUGAUUUUCAUUGCCCAUUGUACCUGGUCAGCAUAGCUAUGGGUACUCGCACGGGAAGGAGAGUCCCCCAGCGACAGGGAGCUCAGGCAUCCAAGCAGACGCAGAGGAGAUGCAUUGAGAGCGAGUCGUACGUAUGCGAUG